AUGGCUUCCUCCACCUCCAAUAUUCUGAUACUUUUUUUUCUCCUCUCUGCACUCAGCUUGUCAAGGACAUGGGCUCUCAACUCUUCUUCUUCUUCUUCUUCUUCCACAACUUCUCAGGAAUUUUCUUACAUAAAAUCUAUCUGCAAAACCACACCAUAUUCAGAUAUCUGCCUUGACACAUUGGAACUCGCUAUGAAAGAUAAACCAAAUGAUAGCAGUCCAAACAACACCGCCUACUAUAUCGUUUUCACCCUCAAAACCGCAAUAAACGCGUCUGAAAAGCUUUCCAUUGUGCUAUCUGAGGCCAAAGACCCAAAAAAUAUCAUAGAAAAACAAAGAGGAACCAUCCAGGACUGCACGGAACUCAACCAAAUCACCUUGUCUUCUUUACAAAGAUCAGUGUCCCGAAUCAAUGAAGCACCCUUAAAUGAAGGGAAAGUAGCCGAGGCAAGAGUUUACCUUAGCGCAGCACUCACCAACAAGAUCACAUGCUUGGAAUCCCUCGAUUCAGCUUCAGGUCCUUUGAAGCCAGCCGUGCUGAAAUCCAUAAAUGACACUUACAUGCAUGUAAGUAAUUCUCUUUCAAUUCUGUCUAGCCAAAACGGCCAAAAUAGUAGCCAAGACGACCUAAAUAAUAGGCACCUCAUGGACGUGGAUGUUCCAACAUGGAUUUCAAAGAAAUUAGAUAGUCAGACUCAUGGUUUUAAAAAACACAUGGUGCUGACUGUGGCUGCUGAUGGAACUAGAAACUUCACCACCAUCACUGAUGCUAUCAACUUUGCUCCAAACAAUAGCAAUGAUCAAACACGUAUCUACGUGAAACAAGGAGUGUAUGAGGAAAAUGUGGUAAUCCCAAGUUACAAGCGAAACAUUUUUAUGUAUGGAGACGGAACUGAUGCCACUAUCAUUACUGGUAACAGAAGCAAGGUCGAUGGCUGGACCACUUUCAGCUCUGCAACUCUUGCGGUGUCUAGCGAAGACUUUUGGGCACAAGACAUAAAAAUCGAGAACAAGGCUGGAGCAAAGAAACAAGAAGCAGUUUCCUCGAGAGUAAAUGCAAACUUUGUCGCAUUGUACAAGUGCUCCAUCAUUGGUUACGAGAAUACAUUGCAUGUCCAUUCCUUUCGUCAAUUCUACCGAGAGUGCAACAUACUGGGCACCAUAGAUUUCAUAUUUGGGAAUGCAGUGGUUGUAUUUCAAUCAUGUGACAUUGUUACAAGAAUGCCAAUGGCUAGCCAAUUCACAGUUAUCACGACAUGGGGCCUACUGAGCCAAAAUCACAUUGUGUGCAUUAAAAAUGCAGAUGGGAACUGGGAAGAGGAUGUGGACAAGGUUAAGGAGAUUUUCCAAGCUGGCUUCUCUAGCCUUUACUAUACUGAGCAGAGUUCAAGCUCUAGAGUGCCUGAGUGUAUUUAUGUCUGGGGUAAUCGCCUGUUUGAAUUUAAGGCUUUCAAUUUAACUUAUGUUCCCACAGAUGCAGAGAUCCUUUUUGCAUUGAACUCCAUGAAAGCUUUCAAAGCCACUGGUCCUGAUAAGCUGCAUGUUGGGCUUUUUCAGAGUUUUUGGAUGGUGAUUCUGUUGCUUAGGAUGAAGCACCUGAUGUCGUCCUUUGUAUCCCCCACACAAACUGCCUUUGUAUCGGGGAGAAAAGGCAUGGAUAAUGUCAUUGUCGCUCAAGAGCUUGUGUAUACUCUAGAAAAGAAGAAAGGGAAAGCAGGCUUUAUGAUUAUUAAGAUUGAUCUGAAAAAAGCGUAUGAUAGAAUGGAAUGGAGCUUUGUGAGAAGCAUGAUGUGUAGCUUGGGGUUUCAUGAAGACACUGUGGAGCUUAUUCUGAGCUGUAUUUCUUCUACAUCAGUGGCCCUUCUGUUUAUUAGAAACUAG